CGAGCGUACCUGGCUAUAUAGUAUGACGCAUACAACGAGCUCUGACAGACUUCGGAGCUGCUCAUGUUGGCAGAGCACUUGCGGGUUAUGGGCGAUGUUGACGAAGCACCGCGCAGCUCGAAACACCACACACCGCAUGGUCCUAGGCAUCUCAUUCAGUACGAUGGGAUAGUCAGAUACAUAUACCAAACCUAGGCACUGCGGUGGUGCGGACGAGGUCUCCGAUCCUCCGACUGGCUACUCGAUCCGCAGCCCACUUGUGGGAUACCAGGUUCAUUUGAGGCUUCUGCUGUCCUAGCCUCGUGUCGCGAUAGCGGUGCACCGCUCGCAGUGAUGUAAGUGAAUGCAUUCGCUGACGGCUCUCUGCAGAGGAACAUAAGUACUACCACAACCGACGGUCUGCACCCCAAGCCCCGUUGCUCACCUCCGCUGUCAUAGCACUCACCGCUAGUCACCGACCAUCACAAUGAGCGACACCCACAGCAACAUCGCAUCUCAGCUCACCAGCGCCGAGCUUCCCUUCUUCAAUGCGUCAGCCACCUUUAAGAACCUCCUGGUGCUGGACCAGGAGGUGCGCCGCCUCCGUGGCGACGCCCCCGGCCCCGCCGUCACCCCGCAGGGCCAGCACAACCGUGCCGCCCCCUCGGGCAUCCCAGCCCCGCUGCACCUACAACACAGCCUCGGCCACACACACCACGUCCUCGACCUUGAUUAUGACGGUGCCCCGAGCGGCUUCGCCGCCUCGCUCUUGGGCAUCAAUGGGGGUGCGCAUGGAGUGGGAAUCAACCUUCGUCCGGAUGCAACCAUCAUCCGCACGCAGUUUGACCCUUUCCAUGCGCAAUUCCAGGCUCCAGAGCGCGGUGAGGACGUAUGCCGCAUCGCAGAUGGCCAAGCUGCUAUCAGAAACACCCCUCCCGAGGGGUUCGACCUCGUCCUGGCGAGCGCCGCACUCGCCUUGCCCGAUGACGUUACGCUGUGGAUCGACCGCGACAUCUACUUGAUAUAUGCGCAACUGCUGGUGGCGCUGCAGCACAUCGCCUGGGGCGGCUCCCUUGUGAUCUGUCUGCCGACGCGCCCGCUCGCCUGGGUUAUCGACGUGAUCGCGUUUCUGAGGCAGACUUUCGACGCAUCGUCGAUCAUCGCAGCCAAUCUGGAACCGGACGACCAGGCGGGGAGGCCGCUUGCCUACGUCGUCUGUCACCACUGCAGAGCGAAUGAGGAAGUCAGAGACACUCUCGCGAAUCACGUUCGCGACACUAUUCAGACUUUGAGACGUACCGCUGGGCUUAGUGCCCCGAGCCUGUCCGGCUCUGCGGAGCCUGCACUCCUGCGUUCUCAGGAGCAAUACGUCUUGCAACUCUUCAAACACGUGUGGAAAGGACAAUAUGCCGCUAUCUGGACGCGCUAUCCAAGAGUGAUUCAGGACGCAGGUGUUUGGAGACAUGAUGUGCGUGAGCUCACCGAGCAAUGCCACAUCUCAGGAGGGCAUUAGACAUUGUCCUUUGCGUAACCCGGACGAAGAUGUGGUUAAUAUUUGCUAGCAUUCCUCGCUCGUUGUACGGUCACACAACCGUUACAAUGUUGCUUUGCAGUGUUUUUCCAUUGAUUUAUUCUACUUUGACGGGUUUAGCUAUCAUUUGCUGGAUUAGAAAGAGACACGUACGAUUAACAUCGUUAUGCAACACACAUUACAGAUGUCGAUGCUUCC